CAUUUUGUGAAUAUAGACCUUCGUUACUCUUCAGGAGAAGCAAUCGAGUGUAGUUCACUCGAGCAGCCUCUCAAACAAACGAGGAAUAGGAAGAUGGCAUCCACUGAGCAACCUGAUCCACCAACACAGCCUGGCCUUCCACCUGGAGAUAGUGCAACAGCUCCCCCCAGAGAAGCACUGAUUACCACUGCUGUAAAAUUUCUACAGAACCCAAAAGUAUGUCAGAGUCCCUUGGCCACCAGAAAAGCUUUCCUGAAGAAAAAAGGGCUGACAGAUGAGGAGGUAGAGUUGGCCAUCCAGCGCUCUGGCAGCACAGAAGAAGUCCUGCCUCUGAGCCCUGUGGGGCCCCCACAUCCUCUUCACGCAACUCAACUGGUUCCUGCAACUCACAGUCCAGCAGGCUACAGAUGGAGAGACUAUGGUGCCCUCACCAUCAUUAUGGUGGGCAUCGCCUUUGGCUUUCAUCAGCUUUACAAGAAAUACAUCCUUCCCCUCAUUAUGGGCAGCCGAGAGGACAAGAAGCAUCUGCAGAGGAUGGAAAGCAACAUUGCGGCAAUGAGUGGCACGCUGACACAGACAGUAAGCCAGCUGCAACAGACGCUGGUCUCCGUCCAGGAGCUUCUGAUCCAGCAGCAGCAGAGAAUCCAGGAGCUCUCUCAGGAACUGGCUGCAUCAGAGGCAUCAUCUUCAACCAACCGUAUCCUGGACAACCAAACAAUUGGAGAGCUGAAGCAAGAGAUAGUCUCUUUGAAGGGCUUACUGCUCAGCAGGAGACAGUUCCCCUCCACUCCCACUAUUCCUAAGAUCCCCUCGUGGCAAAUUCCCCUGAAGCCGGCUUCAGCAUCCAGCUCGCCGUCCAUUAACCACACCAACAGCAGCAGCGACAUCUCCCCUGUCAGUAAUGAGUCAGCCAACACCUCCCCCAUCAAAGAUGGACACCACAGCCCUCAGGAUGCACUACUGGGGGGGCCUGAUGGAGCUCACGGUAUCAAUGGAGAUGUCGGCACCGUGGUCCUCAGCACAGUGCUGCCCCUGGACCUGAAGGACCAGGUCCGAAUGGAGGUGCAGGGGGAGGAGGAGAGGAAGGAGGAAGAGGAGGAGGAUGAUGUCAGCCAUGUAGAGGAGGAGGAGGAGGAGGAGGAGGAGGGUCUAAGCAUGCAGACAGAGGAUCGGCGAGGUGGAGACGGACAGAUUAAUGAACAGGUGGACAAACUGAGGCGGCCCGAGGGUGCCAGCAAUGAGAGUGAGCUAACAAGAAGAGUCCAUGAGUGAGAAGGAGGGAUAUCAGCGCUCGUGCCAUUUCCACCUCCAUCACAUGGCCUUCAUAGGAACACAGAAAAGGUAGAGGGACGCUGAACAUUUCUGUGUGACACCAGUCCUAGUCUACACAUUCUUUUUUUAGUUAUGUUGAUUGGAUUUAGGUCAAGUGUCAAAUGAUAACAACAAUACUGCAGUAUCCUGUGAAUGAUAUAUAUUUUUGAUUUAGUAAGAAUGAAUUUGUGUGGAUGUAUAAGGUUGGUUUAAAGAAGUACAAAAUCAAGUGGUGCAACUUUUGCUUCAUAGCACUGUGGUUUCAGUGAUCAGUCCUCCCUGUAAGCUGCUGAUCACUAUCUGAGUGUAAGACAGAAGUGUACGUAACUGUAAUAAAUUUGGUUCAUUUCAACAAGAAACUGCUUUAUAUUUAUUUGAAACCAGCUGGACACAAAAUACACACUGCUGUAUGUUGCUAUUAAAGGACAAACCUAGUAUUACUGAGAUUUUCAUGUUUAUAUUUUACAGUUACUGUUUUUCAUUUGUGUCUUUUUCCUUCAGUUACAGUGGUGAUUGUAAAUCCUAAUAGAGUAAAAUGUACAUAAUUUGUAUUUCCAUCCAUUCUGUUAACAUUAAAGGAAAACAAAAUGCACAAUAACAAACCAAUACUCAAAUUACACUGAAGUUAUCAAGUUGUCAGUUGCUUAAGUGGGUUGUGUCAUUUUUGUUUUUGCUUUUAAUUCCUCAGAGUUGUUUGUAUGAAUGUGGUUGCGUAUGUGCUGCGGUAGGAAAGUUUCCUGCAAUAUUCAUAUCAAGUAACAGUUUGUGGCAUUUUUUCUGUUUGGCUAAAAAAUUAAGUUUGGUAAUAAUAAAAUGAGACCAGAGAGACUUUCCAUUCUGUGAGACAAGCUUGAGCCUUAUACAUCAAGUAAUAGCAGUACUGCAAAUUACUGUCAAUUUUUACCAUUUGGAAAAAAUCCAACAUGUCUGAAUGUCGAGUGAUCCGCAUCCAAAGGCCAAUUUUAGGUCAAAGCUUCAGCUUAAUCUCUGUGGUUCCUUUCUGGGUUUUGUAUCACCUCUCAUAAGCAGCUGUAAUGCAUUUGUAAGACCAGAUACAGAUGAGAAUACUACCGUACAUGUGCAUAUACUCUGUGCACAAUCAUGAAUCACUCAGUAGUGAAUUUUCAGAAAGCAUGACAAGGCAGGGACUUUCAGCCUUUUUUCAGCUUUCCCUCUGGAAAUGAGUAAGUGACUCAGUUACACAUUAAACAUGUGAGGUUUUGUUUAUUUCUGUAGGUGGAUUGUCAGUUCCUGUCAUUUGGUUUCUGUAGUAGGAGUGCUGCCUUCUCGAGUCGGAUUUCCUAUUCCUUUUUGAAUACAUUAAAGAUGUUAAAGAUUACACACUA